CAAGAAGGUACAGGAACAGCAUCCGUGUAUUUAUGUACAGAGAGGGACUUUCCCCGCGGCACCCAAUUGAAUAGAAUCAGCAAGCAAUGCUGCUCAAAAUCAGCUUCUUUUCUCUGCUUCUGCCAUUCUUCUUGGCCGCUCGCGCGACAUCGAGAGUGGCACAGGAGGACGAGUGCGUGUACACGGCGUACAUAAGGACGGGGUCGAUCUUCAAGGCAGGAACGGACUCCACGAUAGGCCUCCAACUCUACGACUCCUACGGCUACGCCGUGUGGAUCAAGGACCUGCAGUCGUGGGGAGGCUUGAUGGGGGCGGCUCACGACUACUUCGAGAGGGGCAAUCUCGACAUUUUCAGCGGCAGGGGUCCCUGCCUCAAGGGCUCCGUCUGCGGCAUGAACCUCACGUCCGACGGCUGGGGAGCGCAUCACGGCUGGUACUGCAACUACGUGGAGGUCACCUCCACGGGGCCCCACCUCCCCUGCGCUCAGCAGCUCUUCACGGUGGAGCAGUGGCUGGCCCGUGAUGCCUGGCCCUAUCGCCUCUGGUCUCACAGGGAUCUCUGCCCUAAUUCCGCGCCUGCUUUGGUUUCCUGAAUCGCUUCUCUUGUGGACGGGGCCUCCAUGAUUCGGCCUUCCGUUUUGUCACAUUUGGAUUUUCCUGAUGUCAGAAAAAUAUGUGCAGUGAACCGGUUUCACAGCUUCAGCUUCGCGCCAUGUGGGAUCAGAUUAGUUCAUCCAAAUAAUAAACAUUUGAUUUUUGGU